GUAAAUUAAAAGCAUAGUUCUUCAUCAAUCUGAAACGUCUACACGUGUCAUAAUGCUUAAAACAUAUACUGUUGUUUAGAUGUUAUAGAUAAGUUCUGUGUCUAGGCUUGUAUUCCAAGCGCGGGUUAUGAAAUCUUUAAAGAAUGGGUGGUUUCACACUCAGAAAGUCGGGAUGUAUACCACCAAAAUUUAUACGCUUGCCCAGCGGAAAAGUAUUUGACUGCGGUCGCAAAGUGCUGGUACAUAAUAUCUCAGAUUUGCAGUAUGUAUGCUCUCGCUUAAACAUCUCCGAAGAUCAAAAGUUUUUCAUUAUUACUGAAUAUAAUGGUGAAAAAUCUCUCGUUCCUAUUUUCUACCCCCAUCACCUCAAUGACCUUCACAACAGGACUUCAAAACUUUUAAUCGCAUACUAUUUAUGCGAACAGUUUCACCUUAAAUGUAUUCAGCUAGACAAUCCACAGGAUUGUGCUGAUAUUAAGUUGGUCAGUGAUGUCGUCAUUGCAAAUAAGAAUCAGCUAAAUACCAGUGAAGAAGACUCAAAAGCCCUAGAAGAGCUUUUAAAUUCUGAAGAGUUGUUUACACGACUAUUAAGUGUGCUUUUGAGUAUUCCUGAGCUUACUACACAAUGGGUACACGUGAAAGAUCGAAAAGGACAAUUAUAUCAGAUUGGAAUUAAUAGAGAUGGAUUAAUUAUUCAUCAAGAAUUUGUUGAGUCUUUAUCAACACAUUUCAGUUGGCAAGAUUUGGGCAAUGCUACCGCUAAUCGUUCAAUUGUAACACUUCCAAUAUCUAUGAAUGCAGAAAACGCAGAAAAAUUGUUGGAUUUUAUUGAUAUAAAGAGUAGCACUAAAAUGAAAAGUGCAUCAAAUAUGGCUAAUAUAAAAAAUGAUAGAAAUAAUUCACAGUCCAUUGGAAAUGAUAAAAACACUUCACAGCAAUAUAUUCUUAAAUUCCGAUUAUCCGAUGCCAAAAUCGCUCAACGAUUAGCAUUACAAUUAUAUACAAUAUGCAAUAGAGUGAUAAAAGAGUCAAAUAAUAAUAAUAAUACAAGGAUACAAUACAGUGAUGUCGAGGAAGAAGAGGACGAUAAAAACACUACUUCCGGUAUGCUGACACGAUUUAACCGACAAUUUUGUGAUACAUUUAGAUGUUUUUCAAGACCUUUCAAUAUGAAAUCGAAAAUUUCUAAACGUAAACCGUGUUCAACAUUACUAGAUCCUAAUACAACUACACAAAAUGUCAAUAAUAAUAUAAACAAUAAUAAUAUUGAGGCAUCUAUAACUGUUCAGCCAUCUAUAUCUGAUCCUACGCUGCUAACUGAUAAUAAUGUAUUACCAAUAUCGACUACUAGCAUACCUACCACCAGUGUUACUUUUGUUACAAGUAGUAUUAGUAGCAAUAGUGAUUGUGUAACAGUGAAAUCCUCAGUCCACGAUAAUGUUGAUGAUAAAAAUCUUAAAAACUGGUCAUAUUCUCCUAUGUAUUCAUCCAUUCAAUUGAAUGCACCUACAAUGAUUUCAACUAAUCAAUCACCUAUCACAGUGACUACUCAUACAACAUUUACAUCAAAUUCUAAAUUGAACCAAUCGAAUAUUAUCACGACGAAUUAUGAAAAAGUACCAGUAGUUGUGGAACCAAUUGAAGUAGCUGCCGGUGAAGCACCAGCAGAAUUAAACGAACGUGAUAAACAAGUUUUACAUUCAUUACUAAUGAAUAAAUCUCCAACGAUUGUUUCCUCUGUACCUGUUAAUAAUUUCUCGUACACCGUCACUAACACUUCAAUGAUGACAACGACAACACCCAUAAAAUCUGUUUCAAAUGAAUCAUCCUCACCUGUGUUAUCGUCAUUCAAUAAUUUGUCAUCUGUUGCUAUGAUUAAAUCAAAUUCAACAUUUCGUACGGAAUCGUCAAACAUCAGCCCCACCAUAAAUACUACGAUAACAACAUCAGGGACAACAAAAACUAUCUCUAAUCAAUCUUUUGCACAUAAAACAAAUAGGUCAACUAUCAAUGAAGAUAAUUUAUCAAAACAAUAUACAAAUGAAUAUAACUUUUCAUCAUCGGCUAUUCCAACAAAUGUUAAUCUUGCUACAUUUUCACAUUCAUCAUCGUCAAUGCAUACUGAAAUAUCAGGACAGAAGAAUUUUAUCCCAUCAUCCAAUAAUUCUAAUGUUACUAAUACACAUUUUGUAAAAUCGAAAUGGGAUACAACCGUUGUAGAAAAACCGAUUUCUCAUGACGAGAGUCUGAAUCUUCAAGCUACUUCAGAGCAUGUUAGUUGUGUCACUGGAUCAUCUAUGAAAUUUGUUACAGCACAUUCAGUCAGUGUGGUUACUACUAAAAGCAACGGUGCUUCAACAGUCGACGAUCAUAAUGUCAAGUCUGCAGUUAAUCAUGCCUCAAGUUUAUACGCUCCACAACCAUAUGCAACUAUUAAUUCCGAUACGAAUAAUAAUAUUUCAAAUGAUACGAAGCCAACUUUAAACGGUUUUAAAUCUGUAAUGGAAGAUGAUUCUCGUAAGAUUAUGAGUUCUACUUCUAUAUCUUCACCUUCAACUAUAUCAACUUCAGAUUCAUUUCAAUCGCGUAUUAAACCACCUUCAUUUACUGUAAAAACAUCAGAUUUAAACAAAAUAAGCACUACAAAAGUAACUUCUACCGUUAAAGUUGAUGAAUCUUUCAAUUCCAACCAUGUAAUACAGAAUAAUAAUAACACAGUGUCUAAUUCAUUUCAUACACCAGAAAGUAUUAAGAGUCAUAAUAAAAUAGAUUCUCCAGAAAAAAACAAUGCAUCGAGUACACCUCCCAUCUCAUGUUCUGCGUCAGUAACUGGAAUUCGUCCUCCAAGUGGUAUUAAAGUUCCAUCUAUUACUCCAGAUAAAAUGAAGCCUAGAAUUACUACUAAUGGACAUACCAUUCCUAGUGCCACCGACACAUCAUUUACGUCUACACAUGAUGAUAUGACAUAUAACAAAAAACAAAUUCCCACAAGCGUUGAACCAACCUCUGAAUUGAUAAAAAGACAAGAAUCAAUUACAGAGGAUAGUUUAGAACAUCCUAGUAGUUUACCUAGACCUCUAGGAAUUUCACCUUCAUCUCACGGUAAAGUUCAAUCUAAACUUCGACCUUUAUCAGGAAAUUCACCAAUCGCUAAUUCUGGUAUACCUGCGCCGUCUAUAAUGCCGCCUUCUGUUAGCGGACAAUCUCAUAUGCCUGUACCGAUGAAUAAUACUUCUAUUCCUCUGCCUAGUGGAAUAAAACCACCAUCUCGUUCACCAAAGUCUGCAUUAGCUAAGUGAUAACAAUAUUGAGUUAUUAUUAUCUGACAUAUAAUGUUCAAUGGUCCAGAAAAUAAUCAAGAAAUAAAUAGUCUAUUAAACAAAAUCGCUUACAAGAUACAUUUCAAUUUGUUUUCCCCCCCCUCUUAUUUAAUUAUUAUUCUUCCCUUUGAACAACUCUCAUUCAACAAAAUUUCAGUAUUAUUUAUUUAUUCCUUAAUUAUUCUGUGUUUAUUUUUAAUCCUUCCAUUUUCUAAUAAUGAUAAUAUUUACCAAAUAAUUUUUCUAAUGGUAUACAGAUUGUGUGGUUUUUUUUGUUUCUUUAACUGUCUGUUGUUCUAUUCUUUCGUUUUCGUAAGUUUGAUUGUUCUCCUCUCUCUGUUUUCUUCUUUAACUUAAUCAUUUUAUGAAAAUCUAAUAUUCAUUUAAGGUUUAAAUCAACUUGAAAUUACUUGACGGUGGCCACAUCCACUUAUAUAUUGAAUGUGCACUAAUGAAAUUAUUUUCAGUGAAAAUGGUGGAUUAUUCAUAUAUCAACAUGAAACAGAGAGAAUGACUUCCUAGUUGAACAGUGAAGUUAUUUCAUAUUAUGUCUAUGAGAAAUUAUUUUACAAAUUAUGACCAUUAUAGGAGUACUAUUGCACAUUUCGAGUACUUCUCAGAAUUAAAACAUUGAUUUAAACUUUUUUUUUCGGUUCACUUUGUCUUGUGGAUGAAAAUAUUUUCAUUAAACCUUAUUACUUAUACGUAUAUACAGAUUUAUAAGUGUUUACGUUUUUUUUGUUUGUGCGGCGCAUGUGCUUUCUUUCAUUAUGCAGCGGUUGUAUAGACUUUUUUUUCAUUUUGAGAUGAUGUCAGUCUUCUCUAAAGAGGUGUGUUUGCUCUGGAUUUCUUUUUUUGCAAAAAAAAUCAGACAAACCAUUGAUCACUGGAUGAACUUUUUUUGUUCUAACUAAUCAACUUAUCAAGUUCUACUACUUCUUCUCUGAAACGUAUAAGAUUAUUUUAUGCCUUUGAAUUUAAUACCUAUUUUAGAUGUUUAAUUUUAGAAAGAAAAUAAACUUGAUCAGUAUUUUGUUUUGUUUGUUUCACAAUAACAAACUUGAAAACUUUUUCGACGGUACCUUUUUUUAUUUGUCAUCGAAAUCCAUUUCAAAUGGCUUUUUUUUCUUGCAGCUUCCUUUGUCAGUGUCAUCUGAUCAUUACUGACCACACUUCAAUUUUGGACUAUGUUGCCUUUUUUUCCUGACAUGCAUUCACCAGCGAUUGUAUUCUUUUCUACUUAUUUAAGAGAGCUUAUAGGAAUUCAAAUUGUAAACAGAUUUAACAAAAAAUAUAGGAUGAUUUUGUUCUCAUUCUAUCAGUAAUUCAUUUCUCUGAUGAGUCCACAAAUUGUGCACUAUGAAUAAAAACAUAUUCAUUGAAGUUGGUUUAUUGUCCAAAUAUAUCUAAUAUAUGAAUUAAAUGAUAAUAUAUUAAACAUACUUUUUUUACUUAUUCAUAAUCUUUAACGAAAUUCUGUAUGUGUUUAACUCUUUCCAUUCAUAUCUGACUGUAGCUAUUACAGAAAGGUUAGAUAAUAGUGCAACAGAAACUACAGAACUGAGAUCAAUAUGUUCAAAUGUUUGAUUCUUGUUAGCUAAAAAAUGUAGCCUGUUCGAUUGACUAUUAUUAAUUGACAUACAUGUAAUUAUGCGAAUAUCUGAAGAUUCACUCCCAUAAAGCUAUCCACGUUUUCAGCUGUGAUGUAACCUCUGAUGAGAACUUGUUUCUUCACAAAAAUAUUUGCCUGUGACCUUAUGGCGAUAUCGAGACAAUUCAUACUGCAUGCAUGUAUGCUAGAAGAGAUUAAAUUCCUGUCUUAAACAUCAAAAGGAGGAUUCAAACAAUCAACAGACAUGAAUUGAACUUCACCCGAAUGAAUAAGCUAGUGGCUAUCUAAACUAAUAAGCUAAGUUGAUAACGUAAUGGCGUUUGAUGCGAACAUCACUGGAUCUGAGUCCCGGUGAAAACAAAAACUCUGGGAUCCAGGUAGAACCAGCUAAUGGAUCUAAAAUAGGACAAAACAUGCGUCUGAGAUUCCACUGCUAGCGAUCAUCUAAAUUCACUUAUAAAAUAAGUGUAGUUGAUAAAGAUUUUACAUCUUUGUUAAUCUAAGAGAGUUGAUUUCUCAGAUAAAUGUCCAGUGGAUUAAACUAAACCUGGAAAAUUUGAAGGUCCCAUAUUGCUUUUCUGUAAAUUUCAUUCGGCCUCAAUGGAAUCAAAUAUAUGUCAUUGUAUUAUGUAUCACAUUUUUACAAUUUAGUUAUGAAAGAAAUGAAAUACUAUGAUGAACUAGUGUACACUUCAAAUUCUACACAUCUUUUUUUCACUAUUUAAAAGUUAAUAAUCAGCGUCAACUGG